AUGAAAGCCCUCAAACUAGCAAGUCUCAUGACUCUUGCCACCGUUGCAUCCGCUGCAACUAAUUAUGAUACUAUAACAUUGCUUAAAACAUUUGCCCCAUUAGUAACAUCAGAUAAAGUACUUCAAGAGUAAUUCAUUCUUGGUAUGUAAGCUGAUCCAACUUAAACCACCUCUGAAUGCUAUGCUUCAUAUUUAUUAUGGAGAUAAUCGGCUGAUAAAAUCUCUACAGCCAAAGCUAGUAUAGAGGCAAAGACUGAAAACAAUAAUAAUAAUAUACUUAACCUUUGUGAUUACUAAAACAUUAUUGUUCAAAUCGGAUCCUUCACCUAAAAGUUAUCUGGACUUUCAUCUCAACUUGUCAAUUGUGGUUUCAGAGCAUUGUCUGAUGACUAUAAAGAUUUCAACGCUGCUUGCAAUAACUACGAAGGUAUAAAUAAAAGUCUUGGAACUGAUAUGACAGAUAGCUCUGGUGCUACCUACAAAGUUUACUGCGGCACAGAGCUCGCAAAAGUUUUCAAGAAGUUUAUAAAUACUCAAACACCAGUCUACUCCAACAAUGAGUAUAAAAAGGUUCAAACCUAAAAUGCUGAAUCAAUAUAAUGA